AAAGCGCCAGUCGUCGGAGCGCAGGCUGAAUCCAAGACCUGGAGGAGCGAGUGGGACUUUACACAGAGGGACAUAAGAGGGACUUUUGAACACAGGACUGGAUAAUCUCAAACCCCAUCACUGGAAAUCAUGAAGUCUCCAAAGCUUAAAGCUCAAGCAAAAUUUGUCAGCGAGGAGGAUCUCAACGACGUCCUGUGUGAGUUCGACGCUGUGAUCGAAGACUUCACGUCACCAGUGGAAAAGCGACACUUCAGGUACGACGAACACCUGAAGACUAUGAAGAGGAGGAGCAGCGCCAGUGUCAGUGACAGCGGCAUCAGCGACUCAGAAAGUGCAGAAUCGCUCAACAGGAACAGCUUCAGCUUCAGUGAUGAGAGGCUCAACUCCCCCACUGUGCUCUCCCCUAACCCCACUUCACCCUCUCUUAUGUCACCCAAACCCAAACUGGGCGACACCAAAGAACUGGAAGACUUCAUCGCUGACCUUGACAGGACAUUAGAGACUAUGUGACACGGAGGCUCACAGUUAACCUGGAGUGUAGCCAUGAGGGAGGGAGGAAAUGGAUGUCUGGACCCCACUAACACGCAUCUGCCCCCCACACACUGAAAACCACCCAACAGGAUACAGCUGGAUGGCACAGCAACUGCCAACCGACUCCACCACAGCGACACAGCAAGCCCUCUCCUAAAGUUAACCCGGCAGUCCUUUACUUAGUCCAGGCCACCUGGAUACUGGACAGCGAGGAGCAAGAAGGUCCAAAAUUAGCAUCGCAAGGAAAACAAGGACAUGUAUAGUUUGUGAGGUAAUGGACUCCGACAAAAAGUUUUGUGCAAAGAAGAUGUGGACUAAAUGCUACAAAGAGUCACUGGAACGUUCAUGGACAGAAUUACAAAUCAUCCCACUGCACAGACCACAUUACACUCCCUCAUCCAAAACUUGAGCUGGAAGACUAUUUAAAAAUGGCUUUUUAUAAUAGAAAUAUAUUUGUAAUUUUAUAGAGCUUCUUAUUGUAAAUUUAUCUGUCUUUUUUGUGAAAUAUAUUUUUGUAUCUUAUGUAAAUAAUAAUUGUCUCAAAUUCUAUUUGCCUUGGUAUUAACAUGGCUCCUUCAGUCAGAUUAAGGUUAAACACUCAUUGACUGGAAUUUAAUCAUUUGCCUAAAAUGAACGUGAACUGGAAACCUAAUCCGCUCUGACAAAACUGGAAAGCAAUAUGUGUAUUUAAUACAGCUAAUGCCUGCCAGAGAUGAUAUUAAAGUAUGAAAUAUUGUUCUUUUAUUAA